UUUACCUGAACAACAAUAUCACGUGAUUGAUACUCAAAAUAGCAAAAGGGAAAUUUCAAAUAAUGGCUCCUGUGGAAUGUAAGCGUAGCUUAAGUAAAAAAAAAAACCAUAUUAGCUAGUUCAAUUUAAAAGGAUGGAUAUAGAGGAUCGUCGACGGUACUUUGUGGUAGGAUCAGUCAUUUUGGAGAUUGUUCAACCGCUGUUCAGAACCAGAUUAGAAAAUGAAUACUCUAGUAAAGGUCUAGGGUCAUUACAAGCUUUUCUAAACACUCAACCAAUAAUACACAUACUGUUUCACUUACGACACAGAAAAGCCUACUGCUGUAAGGACAACCUCAACUGUCGCAACAACUCAAAACUUCCACUGAUUUACUGUCAGUGGGACUUGUUGUACACUGAGAAUCCAGGCCAAUCUGGCCACAACUGUCAUUGCAAGUUCAAAGCAAACCCAGUCCAGCUUAAUGAGCUUGAUAUAACCUUAGCAAGUUUAAUUUUAUUGAACUGCUGCCAUCUUGUUCCAUCUGAAGAAAACGCUAUACGUGAAUUACGUCGGUACAAGAAUGAUUAUCUCAGCCACAACAUCAAUGGUAAAAUAAAUGAGACCGAAUAUAAAAGCCUGUGGACUGACCUGACUAAUUUUGUCCUACAGCUAGAUCCAAAUAAACAAGUUGACCUUAUCAUGAUAGAGAACAGACCUCUCGAUGAAGGCCUGUGUAGCAGAUACAGUAUAGAUCUAUUGAAUGUUCACAAGAAACUAAAUGAGAUGGAAACCCGAAUACAAGAAAUUGGUUCUGCUGUGCAGGAAAUAUUGAGUUACCACAGAAAUGAAGACAUUUGUCAGUACUGCAAGAAGUUUAUUGAACAAGGCAUGAAUGAAAGAACAAUAAAUCCCUACACACUUGGACAAGAUAUCUUUUAUCUUCAUCAUCAGAUUUAUCUGAAGCCAGUACUUAAUAAAUACUCCUCUCUAGAAGGUGAAAUUUUAGAUGUAGUAAUGAUGGAUGAUGGUAGAUUGGUGAUGUGUUUGUACAACCUGUGCAGAUUGCUCAUUUGUAACACAGAUGGAUCAAAGGCAGUAACCAUAUCAGUCGAUGGUAAACCCUAUUGUGUUAUCCCUGUCAAUAACUCUACAGUGGCUGUAACAGUUAUUAAAACUUGUGUACAUCCAUCUAUAACGAUAUAUGACAUAAACAAUGAAUACAAACUUAAUUCCAUACCAGUACCUGGAAUGACGAUUACUUGUGGAAUUGCAAUGAUAAAUAACAAGUUAGUGAUAGGUGCGGACAGGGUACUAGUGCUUGUUGAUUAUCAGACAGGAGAGAUAGUAAAGUAUAUAGAAACACACUGCGUACUUACGGGGAUUCAUACUUCUGAUGGAAGAAUAUUCUUUGGUCAUUACAAGCAAAAUAUACUUUACUGGUACAGCUUUGCAAAUGACAGUGUACACACUAUAACAUUACCAUCAACACCACGGUCAAUGACUACACUACAAGAUGGUAGUCUAUAUGUUCUCUGUACAGAUGGAUCAGUACAACAUGUAUCAACCGAUGUGAAACAGUUCAAAACUUUAAACAUAAAUCAAUCCAAAUUCUGCAAUGAAAUUCCCUUUAUACGAUACAAUUCAAAACAGAAAAAAAGUGUCACAUUAAGUGUAAAAACUGGAAAUAUCAAAAUACUUUACGAAGUAUAAAAUGUGAAACUUGUAACGAAUUUUUCAGAAAUUCAGAAUGAAAUCGUUCGAUGGGAACAGAAACAAUGUUUUGAACAAAAGCAUGUCAGCUGACAAUCUCAUAAAAAAACAAUUUAAUGAGAUUAUAUAAUUGGAUAUUUAUGUGCUAAUUUUAUUAGUAGAUUUUAAAUAGCAAUGUUUAAAAACUUAUGUCAGAUAAAGCUUAUAUAGAUAAAUAAUAAGGUGUGGUAUGAUUGCCAAUGAGACAACUCUCUUCCAAAUAUCAAAUGACGUAGCAGUUAACAACUAUUGGUCACCGUACGGCCUUCAACAAUGAGAAAAACUCAUAAUGCAUAGUUAGCUAUAGAAGGCCCCGAAAUAAGAAAAAAUGUAAAACAAUCCAAUCGAGAAAACCGACGGCCUAAUUAAUGUUGGUUCAUGUCUGUCAUAUUUGUUUUUCGUUAAUUGUUUUGUUAUAAAUACAAAACAAUAAACGAAAACAAAUUUGAUAAACAGCAACAAACGACAACCACUGAAUUACAGGCACCUGACUUGGGACAGGUACAUACAAAAUGUGGCGGGAUUAAAUAUGUUUGCUGGCGCCAAAUCCACACCAUAAACCGGGACAGUGGUGUAACAGUAUGAUGAGCUAUCUAAAAUUUACCAAGUUUUUACCAAAAGGUUCAGUCUAAACAAAAUAUCACAACUAUAUAGGUAUUCACAACUGUUUAUUUAUAUAUAACAAUUUCCUUUGAAAUACUAAGACAUUUCCAUUAAUAUCUGACGCGGCUGUCAUAACUUUUGGAAACAAAAGCUCUUUGGACCAUAAACCAAGUUUUAAUUACUAACAAUAUUGAUAUGCACAAUCAGGUAGCUUUAUAUUGGGUCCCAAUUGUUUUUCAAAUGACUUUUGUCUUUUUUUUGGACUCCAAAUUCGGGAUCAUUUUUCUUUCAAACUGUCAUAUUCAUAUCAGACCUAUGUAGGACACGAUAAAGAGAAUUGUUGUAAUGAAUAACAUGAUAUAUCUUGUAUAAAAAAAUUUGACAAUUAUAAAUUUAAUGACUUCAAAUUGCUAAUUUUCCAGCGACCAAUUAUGCUACUUUUGAUGUUUAGACAAGAAGUCUUAACUGGAGAGUUUCACUUCUGUUCAACGUUCAUAAAAUGUGUUAAAGGUUUGACAAAAUUAGCUGUAUUUGGCAAACUUUUCGGAAUUUUGCGGUCUAAAUGUUCGUCAACCGUCCUUUUUUAUUUGGUCAUUUUAAUUUUUUUUUAUUCCAACUUAACUAAAUGAUGAGUCUUAAGUAGACGAAACGCGCGUCUGGUGUAUAAAAUUUUAAGCCUGGUAUCUAUGAUUAGUUUAUUAAUUAAUGUUAACUGGGAACAAAUCUAACUCCAUCUACAGUCCUUGGAUGGUGUAAACUUCCCACUUACACCAUACACUAUUACACCAUACACCAUUACACUAUACACCCUGUGCAAUUACACCAUACACGUUAUACCUUUGCACCAUACACCUUACACAUAACACAAUAAUGCAAUUUUAUUUCAAAGAAAGCGUGCGACUACAAAAUUAUUUAUUUAUUUUAAAAAACGAAUUUUGAUCAGAUCACAAUAUGUAAAUUAAUGUAUAAAAUUAAAAAUCAGUUCUUCUCAAUAUUUUGCAUAGUUUUAAAUGUCGCACACCAUUCCCGAUUGCUCGUUACACCAUUACACCAUUCCCCUUACACCAUACACCAUACACCAUAGCACCAUACACCUUCUACCGUUGCACAAUAUGCCAUACACCAUUACACCAUACACUUUUUUGGGAAGUUUACACCAUCCAAUGGCUGUAUCAUAAAAAAUAUUGGGUAAUUCUUAGGACAUAAAUUUGCAGCUUCAAAGCUACAAUAUGAAAAUAAGGAGAUGUGGUAUGAUUGCCAUUGAGGCAACUAUCCACCGCAGUUCAAAUGAAGUGGGAGUAAGCAAUUAUAGGAUGAUUUCAGUGUUUCCCUUUUAACCUUUGCUACUCAGUUUUCUCAUUUUGUUUUUUAUUUUAGAUAUGUUUACUCUGACAACCGAUUUUUUUAUCUUUUUUUUUGUUCUAUGUAAAUUGCAGAUAAUUAUAAUGUUAAUUUCAUGUUUCAAAAACGCAUAUUUGUAAAUAAAUGGGGUGGAAAUCAUGUUGUGGUUUAAAACUUGAUCAGUGACGGAAAUGCAGUGACGUACCAAUGCCUGAUAAUUUGUUUUGAAUUUGUCUUAUUUGUAUAUUACGGAUAUAUUUCUGAUUGAAACAUUCAUGCAACAGUAAUGCAUGCACAGUGUACUAAUAUUUGUGAAUGUACAGUUUACUUAUAGUUGUUGCAAGUUGCUUUGUUUGAAUAUUUUGCCAGAUUUAAAUCCAUUAAAUGCAUACAUCUAUGUUA